AUGCGUAAGGUGGACGUAAUUGGUGGUGAUAGCACAUGGAUCAUGAGAAGGGUUUUGUAUGUCAUGGCUACCAAAUACAUAGAAAACAGGCACUUAAUAAACUUUAUCCUCUUGCCCUCCAAAAUACCCUCUAAUACCCCCUCUCAAAAACCACUCUUUAUUUUCUUUGAAAGGUAUUCCCUGUUUUAUAAACGGUUGAAGAACAUUGAGGAAAACGAAGGAGGUCUUGACAAAUUUUCAAAAAGUUACAAAACCUUUGGAGUUAACCAGUUCGUGGAUGGUGGAGUGUACUGCAAAGAGUGGGCACCAGGAGCUGAAGCAGUAUUCCUCACAGGUGACUUCAAUGGCUGGAAUCCAUUCUCUCAUCCCUAUAAGAAAACAGAGUAUGGCAAAUGGGAGUUGUUUAUCCCUCCUGGAGAAGAUGGUUACCCUCCUGUGCCGCAUGGAUCAAAGCUAAAGGUGGUGAUCCGUGCUCAAAAUGGUGAACUCCUCUAUCGUAUUUCACCUUGGGCAAGAUAUGUGGUCCGUUAUGAAGGACAAGUGAAUUAUGAUUGGGUACACUGGAAUCCACCACUGCCAUAUAUACGCAGACACCGUUCCCCCAAGAGACUGAAAAGCCUAAGAAUCUAUGAAUCUCAUGUGGGGAUUGCUUCUCCGGAAGGGAAAAUAGCUUCUUAUAAAAACUUCACGUACAAUGUACUACCUAGAAUAAAGGAUCUCGGAUAUAACUGUGUUCAGCUGAUGGCUAUUAUGGAGCAUGCAUACUAUGCCAGUUUUGGCUAUCAAGUCACAAGCUUCUUUGCUGCAUCCAGCCGUUAUGGAACUCCGGAUGAUCUGAAGGAACUGAUCGACGUUGCUCACUCGAUGGGCAUCACUGUUCUGCUGGAUGUUGUGCACAGCCAUGCCUCAAAAAACUCUGAAGAUGGUCUCAAUAAAUUUGAUGGUACAGAUUCUUGUUUCUUCCAUUCUGGUCCAAGAGGAAACCAUCAGCUCUGGGACAGCAGACUUUUUGACUAUUCGAACUGGGAAGUUCUGAGAUUCCUUCUCUCUAAUUUGAGAAUGUGGAUAGAAGACUAUGGCUUUGAUGGCUUCCGAUUUGAUGGUGUUACAUCUAUGUUGUAUCAUAAUCAUGGGAUUGGCGAAGGUUUCAGUGGAGAUUACAAUGAAUAUUUUGGCCUGCAAGUGGAUGAAGAUGCUUUGUGUUACCUAAUGCUGGCCAACUACAUGAUUGGUUUAUUGCAUCCGGAAUGCAUAACCAUAGCAGAGGAUGUUUCUGGAAUGCCAGCUCUCUGUCGGCCUGUUGCAGAGGCAGGAGGGGGAUUUGAUUAUCGACUGGCCAUGGCUAUUCCAGAUAAGUGGAUUCAGAUAAUUAAGGAGCUGAAGGAUGAAGAGUGGAAUAUGGGCAAUAUUGUCUAUACAUUAACAAACAGGCGGUCUGAAGAAAAGUAUAUUGCAUAUGCAGAGAGCCAUGACCAGGCACUUGUUGGUGAUAAGACAUUGGCAUUUCGAUUGAUGGACGCAGAGAUGUAUACAAACAUGAGUGUGUUCUCCCCUCUUACUCCAGUUAUUGAUCGUGGAAUGCAGCUUCAUAAAAUGAUUCGUCUCAUUACUCAUACACUUGGGGGAGACGGGUAUCUGAACUUCAUGGGUAAUGAAUUUGGGCAUCCAGAAUGGCUUGACUUUCCCAGAAAAGGGAAUAAUGAGAGCUACCACUAUGCCAGAAGACAAUUUAAUCUAACUGAAGAUCAUCUUCUUCGCUAUAGAUUCCUGAAUGCAUUUGACAAAGAUAUGAAUAAAUUGGAGGAAAGAUUUGGCUGGCUUGCAUCUCCCCCGGCUUUUGUGACUGAAAAGCAUGAAUCUAACAAGGUCAUUGCAUUCGAGAGGGCCAGUCUCAUUUUCAUUUUCAACUUCCAUCCAUAUCAAAGUUAUGUGGACUACAGAGUUGGUGUUGAAAUUCCAGGAAAGUAUAAGAUCCUUCUGGAUUCUGAUGCUCCAGAAUAUGGAGGACAUCAAAGACUGGACCACAGUACAGAAUAUUUUUCUGAAGAAUAUCCUCACAAUUACCGACAUAAUUCACUUAUGGUGUACAUUCCCAGCAGAGUGGCCAUUGUGCUUCAGAAUAUGGAUAUCCUAAACUGAAGAUAAGGAUAUUCUUCACUGAAGAAACAAGUCAUAGAA